AUGACGUCCAAAGAUAAUACCGUCUCCAACAGUGGGGUCCUAGCAGCCUUGGGAGCCCGAGCCACCGGCCUCUUCCUCAAGGUUAAGAAAGCCCUCAACAACGAGGUCGAUGAAGCAUGGCCCGUAUCUUUAUUCUUGGCCGAGUCAGAACGAUUCGAGCUCUGGGCUGCAAAUUUGGGGCUGUUUGUACCAGGUCAUGGCUCUCUGGACUACCGGGUCCGAGAGGCCGAAAGACUGGCGCAGACGCUCCAGAGGUUGUUGGGAGAGCUCAUUGACUCUCUGGAUGAGGUGAUGCAAAUGCUUCCAGGCGCCGUCCAGGAGCAGACGCCCGUCGACGAACAGAGAGCAGUCUCCAGAUCAAAUCCGGGAGGUGCAGAGCAUGAGGAUGAAGAUGAAGACGUCGAAUCGGACAUCGAUCUCUUGCUAGACGGGAUUCGUGAUCCUAUCAACAGACUAUUCAAGAUAUCUACACAGAUCAGAAAUCCCUCCACCAGACUUGGUUCGUUGCGGGCCGCAAAGUUUCAGCAAGUGGACGAAGAAACUGGGGUCGACCUCCUGCAGACCAUUGAAAAAAAUGAUCGUGAUUAUAUCAGGUCCAUGUUCCUCCAAUAUCAGAAAUUUCGAGCUUUCCAAGAGCAUGACCCGAGCCCGCCCGAGAAUUCAACUGAGGACAACGACGACGCAGUGUGGGAACCGAUCAGGACUGUGCUGAGCCAUCAGCGGAGCGCUACUGAGUCUUUCUUGAUCGAUCGCAUCACUCAGGCAAACGUGAAACGGCGCCAACAGUUUGCAUAUUGGUCCAAGCACCGGGAUAACCUCCACAAAUAUACCAACGCUUUUUUAUCCAAAGAGGCUUCAGAGACUGAGCCUUCACCCGUGGAAUUGCACAGGCAUUCCGACGCGCCAGCACCUAUACCACUCAUCCCAGCAAACUCCGUAACGACCGCCACGACACUGAACAUCGCUCAACUCGAAGUAAUAGACAAUCGUUCGACCUGGACCGUAUCAGAAUACGCACCGUCAAUAGGGCAACCCGCCCGCGAUACGGUUGAUUUCCCUCCUCCGCCCAAACUGCCGCAGAAGACCCGCUCCAACGAACCCUUUGAGUGCCCCUUCUGCUUCACCUUCUGCCCUCGCGAGUUCCUUGCGGACAAGGCUUGGAAAGCCCAUCUGAUCCACGACUUACGGCCGUACAUGUGCACAUACGAGGACUGCCGAAAUCCGACGCAGCUCUAUGACAGGCGACAGGACUGGAUACAGCAUGAGAAUUCGGCUCAUCGCAGAAUUUUCGUCGAGCUUGAUGCGUACAAACACCAUCUGCGAAGCGAUCACGCCGAGUCCUACGGCAGCGAUGAGUCCUCUGCGAGCCGUGUUCUUCAGGCCAGUGAAUCUAUCCGAGAUACUGUGGAUCGGCCUUGUCCUAUUUGCAUGAUAACGCUUGGCACUGCGCGGGCGAUGCAAGAUCACAUCGUGCUGCAUCUGGAGAGGUUCGCAUGCUUUUCACUCCCGCACUCUGCCACGGGUGAUAAUGAGAGCGACUUCAAUGCUGAGUCAAAUAGAGCGAAUGGUGUCGUCGAGGGGACAUCUCAGGAUGCUGGAUUCAGUCAACAUAGCGUUGAUGCGGAUACUGAGGACUUAAAAGAAACUGACCCCCGUGAUCCCGACAUGGAAACCGCACUCCCUGGGAUGGAGUUGACCGAAAGAGCGAUUGAGACAUUCGACGAGUCCGCCAACGAGAAAACCCGCACCACGAAUAUGGUAUUAGAGCAUCUGGAAACACAUGAUAGCCACACAUCGCACGGAGACGUGGAGAAUAUGCAUCUGCAGGCUUGGGAUCGCGACAAGCUGAACGAUAUGGAGGAGAUGGCAUCGAUAUACAGUGACCAGUGCCGGUGGGACGAAGCCGAGAAGUUACAGGAACAUGUGAUUGAGUCUCGAAAAUCAACGCUUGGUGCAGAUCAUCUUGCUACGUCUCCUGUGAGAAACGAUACCCUCAUAUACAUGUAG